UUGGGUUGUUCGCCCUGAGGGACCUGAGAGCGGACGAGGAAAUCGUGUUAGGGUGGGAAUGGGACGAUGGACAUGCGGUGCACAUGCUGCCGGCUCUAAUUGAGAGUCCUGGAAUGUUUGGCCCAUCUGCACUAUCUUCGCGCCCAAUGCACCUCCAUUCUUCAUGCGCUUAGCAGUACGUUCACAACAUGUGCAUGUGGCUCGUCAACGCGGGAUUGUGCAGUACGCGUGAUGGAAAGAGUUGCGGAAGGGAGAUGGCCUUGGCCUGGAGGUGAAGCCUCUGGAUCGGAGUGGGAGACUGAUGAUCAGGAAGAAGAGGAAGGUGGUGGUGACUGCAAUGGAAGAAUGUUGAACGUUGGUCAUGGGAGGGAAAGGGAAGGGGAGGAUGUGAUUGUUGAUUUGGAGGCUACGGAUUCCGAGGGAGAAUCCGGUGCGAGAGGGAUGAAUGGAGCUGGCUGCAUCGGUGUUACUGUCAACUGCAAGGGCCCAAGCACCAAUGGAGCGAACUCGAUCAACAACCCAUCAUCGCAUCGCAAGCGUCGGAAGAAGGCGAAGGACGGGACCAAUGCAGAGAAGACCAGACAUGUGGAUUUGGGUCCGCUUGUAGGUGUCCAGCGGGGAUUUAGGACGCGCGAGAGGACGCCGAUGAGUGGAGGGUGGUGUGGCGUCGAAGUCGUACCUUCGAGUCUGGGAUGGUCGGCGGGACUUGGAGGAGAGGAUGAGGACGUGUACGUGGAUGUGGUUGGAAAUGGUGGAGGCAGGAGCCAGCGCACAAGUGGGGCCAAGGCGGAGCGGAACGGAGAGGUGGAUUGCAUAGACGACGGUCUUCCCGGCGAGGAACAUGUUCUUCCACCGCGCAUGCGUAAGCCGUGGUCACAACAACCGGGGCCGUCACGGAGCCCAACAAUCACGAACGCCGAGAGUCCGAUAUCUACCUCUAGCCAUGGAAAAGCAGGGCAUGAAGUGGAUGGGACGAGUGCGAUGGAAACAGAGUUUGAUACGGAGACGGAGGGAGAGGAUACGGCGGAUGAUACUCGUCAAAUGCCACCCCCGCCAAUGCCGGCAUCACUGGAUCCCACAACGAUAUCCUCCCUCGCGCAUGCGCAUUCUCAAGCCUUCCCGCACCCUCGAAGUUCUUCGCCUCAUCAGCCGAGUAAUACGACCGCGAAGAAUGUGCCAGAUCCACCGCGUAUACCUCCACGAUGGAUGCCAUCGCGAACGACGAGUUCCCCGCAGACACAUAGUGAACUUCAUAUUGCACCAGUAUCAGCGGGCACCGUGCAGCUUUCACAGCCCACGCCACCCCAGCCUCAGUACCAGCAGCAGCAAUUGUAUCCGCACACGCUGGCAAGUAUGUCACCCUCUGUACCCUUCUCGAAGCUUUCGCUGUUCUCGCCUGAUGGUGGUGCUACGAUAUCACAAAACGGACCGGUUCUGUCGCUCAGUUCCGUUUCGUCAGAGCGAUCGACGGUAGAUCAGCCAUCACCGUCUACUCCCACCAGCAUGCCCUCUUCCUCGUACUCGGAAGCACGGUCGCCCUGUGAUGGUACGAUACCGCCCGCUGUGCAAACCGAUGACUCCUCCCCCUCCUCGCUGGUGCAAGACUCGCAGGCAGAUGUUAAUCGGCGUUCCUCCAGCACUGAAACACACCGUGUCCGGUUUGUGUCCCCUGAAGUUCUUGGCGGAUUACCGUCGUUGACAAACGGGAACAAUGUCCAUGUUAACGUGCUGCGGGACGUUGAAGACGAGGUCGAUAUUGUAGGGGGUGUGGACGGGCUUGAUGGUGUAAACGCUGAUGCCGACACCGGAGGAAACGAGUCUCGGGAGGUGAACGAGGCGAUGGACGUUGAUGUAGACGUGUCAGGGGACGUGUCGGAUGAACAGCGUGUUACGUCGGCAUGUUCUUCUGAUCACCAGCACCCCGGGUUGGAAAACUCCCACGGUGAACAACGUCCCACGCGUCAGUCUGGUGAUACGUCUCCCUGUACUGACGCUCCAUCAAUCCCGCCAUUUGGAUCGGGGUCACGUCAUGAACAACCCCUUUCAGACCAGUCACCUCAACCGGUGGAUGUCCCGAUGGAACCGGAGACACUCUGCGCGGAACCCCAACUCCCACAUACACCUACACCACACCACUCUGAACCUGAACCUGAGCCCGAGCCAUCGCAGCCUGCACGAGUACCCUCACCCCCGCCGCCUCCCAAGGUCAAGAUGUCACUCAAGGACUUCGUCCUGCGGAAAAAGAAGCAGCGCGAAGAGGAAAUGGCGGCCAAGAGUGUGCUAUCUCCGGCUAGUCCCUCCGCACAUUUGGCGCUGCCGCCCAGUCCAGGGCCAGUAGGGGACGAAAGCGGAAGCUCGGUUGCUGAGCCUGCAGAAGCUACCAGUACCCCGGGUGAACGUGAACGUGAUGAACCACAAAUUUCGGUGACUGUGCCUGGUGUGGACCUGAACGGCGAUGACGACCUGAGUGCUGUGAACGCACCCGGGGAUGUCGUCCGCACGGACCAAGAUGACGUCGCACCUCCCGAAAUUUCUCAGCAGCACCUUGAUUGUCAGGAAUCGUCAUCAUCGAACGAACCUGGGUCGUGCCAGGAAAGAGGGGUUAGUGUGGAAGGAUGUCAGUCCUCUCCCCCGCCACUGCCACCGCUUACGCCGCUGCGCGUUCCGGACGAAAGUCAAGUGAUCCAGACACAGACGAAAGGUAGUCCAGUUGCUGAUCAAGCUUCCGCGGAGAAGUUUGAGGCUAGGGAUGACGCUCUACCCAAUGGAGCUACCGGAGGCAAUGAUCGUAUGCAUGAUGUUGUGAGCUUCGCACCUGAUCCCCCACCCCCGCCAUUGAACAGCCUCGCGGCUUCAGCAAACCAUGUUGACAGCGGUGCUGCUGCUUCUGCUUCCCUUGUCCCUGUUCCUACUCCUGCCCCUACUCCAAGUUCCAUGUCCACCUCGUCCACGUCCAACUCUCGUGCCACCUCCGUUUCUGCCUCUUUACCUACUCACCCAAGUCAAUAUCCUCGCGCUACUUAUCAGAGUUCUGCGUCUCGUCGAAUCCCUCAUGAAGAUGGAGAAAUCCUUAGUUCCGCGUUCUCUAAAUCGUAUGUCCCCCGGUCACAUACGCCACCGACGCAACCACGAUCGUUUCAAGCGCCCCGCGCACCAUCGCCAGGGUACAGCCCUGGUCCGUCGUCUUCACGGCGACCACCACCACCGCCACCCCCGCGUUCAGGUCCUGGUCCAUCUUCUUCAGUCGGUACCAACGCUCUUUCCCGGCCAUUGCCUAGCGGGCCACGUGCACUCAGGGGAACUAUGAACCAAUCAUCGUACCCACCGCCACCUCCGAGACCGUAUUCGGGAUCCCAGUAUAUUCCUCGAGGACCGUCGGCGGAUCGCGAUAGGCUAGACAGGGAGCGCGAUAGAUCGUGGAGCGCGUCGUCGAGACCGAGAGGAAGAGCUGGAAGCACUGGGUGGGGGAGGUGAAUGUUCGAUGUCAUUUUGCACACUCUCUCUCUUCCCCGUGGACGUUUCAAUCGAUUCGUUGCCUAACCAUUAUUACUUUUUUUUUGGUGUUCUUUUGACUUAUGUAUGUGUUUCGUUCUUUGCUCUCACCUUUUUUGAUGCUUUCUAGUUUCAAAGUUCUUUCGUCUUUCGUGCAACUCCAUCGUUUGUCUGCUCUUCUUUUUUUUUUUUCCCUUUCCCCUGUCGUCCACUGUGGAUCAUGCACAUGUA